CAAUGACAACGUGACCCCUCACGUGAUCAUCACUCUCACUCCCGCCAAAACCUCUGAUUGCGUGCAUGGGAGCCACGUGUCCUACCUCAUCCCAUCCACGGUUAAGAAUUGAAGCUACCUCUUUGCUUCAUCAAUGAUCAUGCAUACAUGUAACGGCUAGAUAUAGUUGCAACUUUUAGGUAGAAAGUAUCAUCAACCAAAUCCCUCUUGUUAUAGUUAUGUUAGUCUUAAUUAUUAAUUAAUCCUAAAUUUGUCUUGAAAUUUAUAUAUAAACGGGCAGUUGAGUUAUGAGAUAGUACAAAUAAUCUAUUUUUGGAAGAUGUAUAAUUCUAUAAGAAUAUAAAUAAAGAUACAAAGAUAAAAUUAGCUAGAGUAUCUUUUACUUUAUACAAGUUUCAAUUAAUAAAAAUAUACUUGUAAUUAUUUCUUGUUUUAUCAUAUUUGUAUGUAGGAAUCUAGUGAGUGAGAGACAGAGAGAGAUAUGAGAUUAUGGUAGCUAGACAAGGGAAAUGCUUUCCCCUAAUCCCCUUUCUCUCUUUUGUGCCGUCCUCCUUUGCUUCCCUCUUGCCCUUGUUCUCACCAUUUCUUCCACCUCCACCACCCUAUUCACCCCUUUUGUUAGUUGUAGACUAGGCGCCUUUCUUUCACCACCACCUCCUCCACCACUAUCACCUCCACCUCCACCACCAUUGUCACCACCAUUGCCACCACCGUCACCACUACCUAGACCCAUUUCCAAACCCCCUAAAACCUUACCCAAAAAUGCAAAUUCUUCCCCUCUUACCAAUACAACAACCUUGAAACAGCCUGUUAUCAAACAACUGCCACCACCGCCGCCGCCGCCGCCACCAGUUUCUGAGGAUGACAAGGAUGAUGUGGACCUUCUUAGAAGGGCAUCUAGAGUCAACCCGGAACCGACAAAAGGCCACCCGAAGAAGGUGGCCUUUUUAUUUAUGACUACUACUCCACUCUCUUUUUCAUCACUCUGGGAGUUGUUCUUUAAUCAGAGUGGCGCGAGGGGCAAAGGUCAGUACAACAUAUACAUACAUACGGACCCGAGAUUGCAAUAUGAUCCUCCAUUUUCAGGGGUUUUUGAAGGGCGCGUUAUACCCUCUUCCAAGCCCACGCGUCGGAAUACUCCAACACUAAUUAUAGCGGCGCGUAGGUUAUUAUCUCACGCGCUGCUAGACGACCCUGACAACUACAUGUUUGUUCUUCUCUCGGGUUCGUGCAUUCCUCUCCACUCUUUCAACUUCACCUACACCACACUCGUGUCGUCGAACAAGAGCUUUAUCGAGAUUUUAAACAAUGAGACGACGGCAUGGGGGAGAUGGACGGCGCGUGGGGAGACCGUGAUGUUACCCGAGGUAAGUUUCAAUGAUUUCCGCAUAGGGUCACAGUUUUGGGCAAUCUCGCGCCGUCAUGCGCGCGUGGUGGUAAAAGAUGUGAAAUUAUGGCGCAAAUUUAGGCUGCCAUGCGUAACGGCUGGCACGUGCUUCCCUGAAGAGAAUUACUUUCCUACAUUGCUGUCUAUGGUGGACCCGCAAGGUGUAAUCCCCACAACACUUACUAACGUCAACUGGCGAGGACGACACGACGGUCACCCGCGGACUUAUAAUAGUUCAGAAGUGGACCCAGGAUUAAUCCGAUGGUUGAGAGAGAGUAGGCCCAGGUAUGGGAGUUUAACAAUCAACGGUUCUGAUUUGUCUGUGAUGGAUAGGUGGGACCCGUUCUUGUUCGCUAGGAAGUUCGCGCCAAAUUGUGUAGAGCCAUUGUUGAGUAUAGCUAAGGAUGUCCUCUUCAAAGAUUAGGAUGCCCACUUAAAACGAAGAAAAUGUGUGAAUUUAAUUUAUUUGGUAAAAGUUUAGCAAGUGUGAAACAACUUUCUUUUUCUAGUAAUUUUUUUUUCUUUUGAAACUCUCUAUAUUUAGCAAUUAUUAGUGAUGUUUGGACAGAAAGAAAGUAAAGAUGAAUGAACCUAGCUUUGGUGUGAGUUCUCAUGUAAUUUGUACUGUAAAUUAAAAAAGAAAUUCCCGAAAAAAAUUGAAGUUUCACGGUCUUUGAUAUCGAA